AUGGGCAGGGAAAACCAGACAUGGAUGAGUGAGUUCAUUCUGCUGGGACUGUCUAGCUGCUGGGAGACUCAGGUCUCCCUCUUUGUCCUUUUCCUGGCCAUGUACCUGAUGACUGUGCUGGGGAACUUCCUCAUCAUCCUCCUUAUCAGACUCGACAGCAGGCUAAACACACCCAUGUACUUUUUCAGUAUCCUGUCAUUUGUGGACAUCUGUUAUACCAACAGCACUGUCCCCCAGAUGCUCAUUCACUUCCUGUCAGCCCAGAAGUCCAUCCCAUUCUACAGCUGUGUGCUCCAGCUGUUUAUCUCCUUGGCAAUGGGCAGCACAGAGUUCUUCCUGCUGGGAGCCAUGGCUUAUGACCGCUGUGUGGCAGCGUGCCAUCCACUGCACUAUGCAGUCAUCAUGCACGGAGGGCUGUGCCUGGGGCUGGCUGCCGGCUGCUUGGUGGCUGGUUUCGUGAAUUCACUGAUGCAGACAGUCAUCAUCUUUCAGCUGCCUCUGUGCCGUAAGGUUGUUAAUCACUUUGCCUGUGAGAUGUUGGCUGUGCUGAGGCUGACCUGUGUGGACAUCUCCUUCAACAAGGUCAUGGUGGCCAUCUCAGGAUUUCUGGUGAUCAUGCUUCCCUGUUUUCUUGUUCUGUUCUCCUAUGGUCGUAUAGUUGCUGCCGUUCUGCGUAUUUAUUCUGCCCAGGGACGCCACAAAGCGUUUGGGACGUGCGCCUCUCACCUCAUUGUGGUUUCUAUGUGCUUUGGAACAGCCAUCUUCACAUACAUGAGACCCAUGGCUGCCUCCUCAGCAGAACAGGAGAAGAUGGUUGCCCUGUUCUAUGCUGUGGUGACCCCCAUGCUGAAUCCCUUAAUCUACAGCCUGAGGAACAAGGAAGUGAUGAGCGCCUUUAGAAGAGUGUUGGGGAAACUUAGUGACAAAGGGUAA